AGCCGCAACUUCCGUGUAACAGCAAAUACAGAAAACCAAAGCACACAGUAUCAACGGUGCCACACAAGCGUGCUUUUGUUUUUAAUUUGUUUUCCAAAGACAGAGAAACAGUAACGGCAGCCAAACCUCAACAUCCGAUCAACAGGGACAAAAAAAUCUACUCAAUUAGGUAUCGCUCUCAACCCUUUACGCGUUGCGAAGCUUCAUAGUUUUUUCCUGUAGAGGAUAUUUUUCUGCGCAUCUCUUUUCGGGUUUCUCCGGCGUUUAGUGCAACUACCUAGUGAUUUCUUUGAAAAGGGGAAGAAGUACCUUUGUUUUUCCUGGGUCGUCGUUUUUUCUGUGCUCGUGCUUGGUGAACAAAUCCGUCUCCAAGGGAACCGAAGCGUCAGAAGAUGCCGCGCCACGACAACCGCCACGGUGCUUCACGGCGGCAUCAUCGUGCCGCGGCCCACCGCUCCCGACACGCAACCUACCGCAGGGGCGAAGAGGACAGCCAACCUUUCGACGAAGUUGUCAAAAGGCCAGGAAAGACGACACAACGACGGGGCGCACCCCGCUCGCGCGCGCCGUACCAGCACGAGCAAGACACCGACGACAGCGACGACUACCCGCGGCUGGCCUACCUCGAGAAUGACCACGCCUCCCGCCGCAACCCAAGCACCCCAAGUGCAGCAAGUGGGGCCAACUCAGCGCGCGGCAGGGGCGCUCCCCACCGCAGCCAGACUCCCCGUGGCCACACGACCAGCGCUUUACCUAGCACUCAGCUGGCGAGCUCGUCUUCACGGCGGCGCAACAACAACGACGUCGGCGGCAGCGGGGUGCGGCGAUCCAAACGUGCCACCGGCCUGGUGGAGUCCCCGGCGGACGUCACUACCUUAGACGACUACCAAACACCUAUCCGGCGCCGCCGCGACGAUGGACGGUACGUCUACGACGACGGCAACGGCUACAACGCGAAUGCGCCCCCGCAGCGCGGACACCACGGAAAGAGAGCGGCGGGCACAGGGGCAGGGGCGGGUGGUGACAACGUGCGCGAGCCGCUCCGCCACCAUCGCCCGAUGUCCGGAUCACUCCUUGGCGACGAGAGCACCAACAUCGACGUCCCCGUAGAUGUGAGUGAAACGUCGUCACAGACAGGCCCGUUUCAUUUUCGUGUCCGCGUCCACGAAUGCCGGAAUGCAUUCGACGACCUGCGCGACACGCACCGGGCGGCGCCGGCUGUCUACUUCGCCAUCCACACCGCCGAGAAGCGCGGUCACACUGGCGUAUCGGCGGGCGGUGGGGUUUACGACCCGGUCUUCAACGACGAGUUCAUCUUCACCUCGGCCGACCCGGAGCACGAUGCACUGGUGUGUACGCUGGUCGCCGUCGCGACCCCGUCGCAGCGUCGUGACAAGAAGGUGGCGGAGUGCGUGCUGUCGCUGCAUAAGUUGGCGUGGCAGGUGGAGCGGAUGGUGUGGGUGCCGCUAGUGCGUCACCCGGGCACGGAGCAGGCUCACGAGCAGGGUGAGGUUCGUGUGAGCAUCUUCUCGGAGGACUACGGCUACGACGAGGUGGCUCCCGAGGAGGAAGAGAUGGCCUGUUCGACGGCGGUGCACACCACCUUGCUGCGCUACGCUCCAAAAGAGCUGCACCGGCUGGACUGGCUGACCGCCGCCUACGUGGAUAAAGGGCCGGAGGGUUGGAAGCAGCUGGAGGCGUUGUACCGUGCCCGCACGAUGGAGCCCGUGCCGGUGAAGAUGAUGCUGCGGCGUGUAGAGGGGUUGAUGGACGAUGCGGGGCGGCCGGUGGGCGCCUGCGACGUGUACGUGGUCGUCGAUGAUGGACUCACGGAGCAGCAGUCGAGGAUGGCCGCCUAUCGCCACCGCGCCACCUUCAACCAGGACUUCCACAUGAUGCUGGUGGACCCGGAGACGGACACGAUGAACGUGACGGUCUUCGGCAACGGCCACAAACUCGGCGAGGCUGUGGUGGGCCUAACAAACGUUCAGGCCAGUGUGGCAAAGGAGGUGACGUUGAUGCUCGUGCGCGCCGCGGAGACCGGUGACGCGUCGAACGGCGGCCAGGUUGUCUUGACGCUCUUGACGGAGGAGUACAACAGCCCGCACCCCAUGACAGCCGCACAGGAGGCGAAGCUGCGGAACCGCGUGCGCAACUACCUCUGGUGCUACCUGCGCGACGACCUGCACCGCCUCGACGCCAUCGUCGGCAGCAUCGACAACGAGGACGUGUACAUGAAAGAGUGGACCCACACCAUCGGACCCGAGCGCACGCCGAAGCUGCUGUUGAUCAACGUGCGGGAGGCGACCAACAUCGGCGCCGAAAACAACGGCAUGGUGCCGCGGUGCUACGUGCGCGUGUGUGUAGGGCCUGAGACGCAGCGGACGGAGCUGGCGGUGUCACGCAACGGCUGCGUCGCCUUCAAGAACCCGCUUCACGUGCACGUCUACGACCCGGCGAGUGACGCGGUCGAGGUGAUGCUCGUUGCGGACAGCGACGACGGCGAGAAGGAGAUCAGCCGCGUCACCUUCGGCGUGGGCAACCUCCCACGCGGCCAGCGUGUGCCGCGGACGCUGCACCUCGUGGCGGACGCACUGAAGCGCACGGCUCACGUGCAGGGCGAGGUGGCUGUGGAAUUGAUGGCCGAGGACUUUGGCAACUCCGGCGCAAAUGCGAAGGCGGCCAUGACGAAGAUCUACUCCGCGAGCAGCACGCACAUGCAGCGUCUGGAGGGCAUCACGCAGCGCAGCUCUCCCGAGAAGCUGCAUCGUGUGCCGUUUAUACUGGACACCGCCACGCCGGACGAGGCGGAGCGCGUGGUGAAGGACGAGGCGAAGCAGCACGGCACCGACGUAGCCGUGGCGCCGAUGACGGUGAAAAUCGUUGGCGUACGAGACUUCAAGCCGGCUACGAACUUCUACGUGAAAGUGUAUCUGAACAAGGAGCCUAUCUUGCGCACCAGAGAUCUGAAGGGAGGGAAGGAGGUCACUUUGAACAUCGACGACAACAACGAACGCACGCUUCGCCUCGGCAAUGCGGCGCAGUCGGUGAUGACCUUCAAGGUGGCGCGGCAUCGCUCUGUGCUGAAGGGGGUGGUGCUGGGCGAGGCGGAGAUUGCCUUGUCGACGCUCAUUCGAGGUGAGAAGAACGUGCUGUGGCUGCCUUUCCUCCGCUCCUCAGACCACUCGAGAUCCUCUGCGAAAAAGUCCGCGUCCUGCACUGCCGGCAAUUCGGAGAAGAGGUUGAAGGAGACGAAGAACUCCCCGCCAACCGGUGCGAACGGGUCUUCGCAACCUUCGCAGCAACGGCAGCGCGACGACGCAGCAGCCGCGGCGCCGCAUGGCGGGGCAUCGCCCGUCGGCUUUCUUGGCGUGGAGCUGCAGUCCAUGGCCUUCCCCAACACGACGGUGACGGAGUACGUCAUUGAGGACGAGUCUGGCGCGAAGAGCGUGCCAGCGCAGACGGUGGUGACGGCGGACGUGACGUCGCUGGUGGCCAAGAUGCGGCCGAGUGAGCUGUCGAGGGUGCAGCCCAUGAUCGCGCAGUGCUCCUCGCUGAAGGACGCCCACGCUGAGCUGCGCGCACAGCUCAGCCCGGUACCGAUCGCGGGCACCGUGUACGUCCAAAUUCAAUCUGUCGAGCUGACGAGUCCCGAAGGGCAGCGGCAGGAGAGCCAGGGCGGCGUGGCGGUGGAGGCGUCGUUCGGCAACGAGCGUGGGCUGUCUCGCAAGGGUGGGGCCGACCUCGCCAGCGGUGCGGCUCGCUCCGGUCCGCGUUACUCGCAGAUUCGACUGGACAUUCCGGACAGCGUCGUCAGCCGCCGCGGCGGCGGCCGCAGAGAGGAAUCGGCGCGAGAAAGCACGGGUGUUCCGGCGCUGGAGCUGCGCCUCAUUGGGGGGAAGCCUCGCAACACCUCCGCUACCGCUGGUUGUGGUGGUGGUUUUGGUUCGUCUGAUGCUGCCGUAGCGCGCAGCGGUCAGGCAUUUGUGUACGGCGGUGCCGGGGACGCCUCUGAGGCGACGACGGAGUCGCGCUACGCGGGCGGCGAGAACAACAUCAACAGCUACCUCAAGUCGCCGAAGCGCCAUAGUCAUCACUGGGGCAUCAAGCAGCCAGACGAGGAGCGGGCGGGACAGCCAUCCACGAUGCUCAUUACACAGCAGCAGCACGAACAGUCGCAGAACCACAGCAGCUCCACGUCAGCGGCCCACAAUGGCGGUGAUGCUGGUGAGGCGUCGGUGCGUGCCGCGCCGAAGCGGACGUGGCGCGCCAAUAGUGCUUUUAACGAUGCGGCCUACUACCAUAACGCACAGACUACUCAACAGCAGCGUUCCCAUCCACCCGAUACCACAGAGGCGGAGUCGGAGAAACACUACUUGGGCGGUGCGAACAACCUCCGCAGCUACGUCGAGUCCUCUACGCAGUCGAAUUCGCGUCGUCAGAGCCCCCGCCGGCAGGACCACCGUACUCAGUCAGAGGUGUACAACAACAGCAGCCAUCGCAGCCGCACUGCGUCGCCGUCGCCCGCGCCGGGAACUGCCACGGGUGUGAGUCACGCCGCCCCCUACUGUGGGGAAAUCGGGCUGGUGCGUCUCUCGCUUCGCGCGCUGCUCACCACGCCGCUGUACAAGCUGGGUGAUACGAUACGGGUGCCGAUUGUUGCCCCGAACAUGCCUGCUUCGCUGUCGUACCGCGCCCGCCACUCGCCCGACGUAAAUCAGCGCUGUGUCGUCGGCCACGUCACGCUGCGCAUCGCCCUGCCCGCUUUUGAGCACAUCGCGGAGUCGCUGCGGCUGGGCAGCCGGCAUGUGAUGUCGAACAUUGUCCCCAAAUACGUGCACUACUACGAGCGCCGCAUCGGGGCGUACUUGCGCACGCACAACGCGCCCGAUCUCGUCUCCUUCCACUACAACCUGUACGAGCGCGAUGUGGCGACGGGGAGCUGGCCGGUGUCGUUGUUCGACUGGAUGCAGGCGUUGCUCAAACGGCAUGGACCGGAGACAGCCAACUUCGGCCCCGAGCCGCCGCUGCCGUUCGAUCCCGAGGAAUGGGAGCGUGCGCGGCAGCGUGACGAGUCGCUUCGCAAAGAACGAGUGGCCGCCAUUGCGUCCUCGAGCCGCGGUGACAGUCUCGCGGCAUCGGAGAGGGCUCUGUUUUCGCCCAGGACGAGCCCGUCAACGGAGGCGUCUCCGAGCCGUCGCAAGGAGAGUGCGCGUCGCCGCUCCAAGAAUUCGUCAAAAGCAGCAGCGGAGGCGACGUACAGCUUUUGA